UUAAUAGCUAGCUAAUUCGAUCGCAGUUCUAAUUGUCUUCUUUCUUUAUCUACUCCGCCCUUGGAUUCCACCGGAGUCCUACUCCGUGCCUGAUAUCCAUAAACCCUAACCAUUUACCUCAACAUUCAGGAAAUUAAAUUCGAACGAGAGAGAAACUGUAUUUUUUCCUUAUUGGGACAUUUAUUGUUGUAAUUGAUCUUUUAUAUUAUGUAUAGAUCUGGGACAGUGAUGGCAUGGAAUGUAUUCAAAUUCUGCACAGCCCUGAGGGGGCUGGGAUCGAUCAUGAUAUUGCUGGUUCUUGGCGUUGUCGGCGUCACCUAUUAUGCAGUGGUGAUUAACAAUUAUGGACCGGGACUCGAAGCCGGAGGGACCGAGGCAUUACUUGCUUUUUUCGUCUUGAUCUUGUUUCACUGUCUGUUAGCCAUGCUGUUAUGGAGUUAUUUUUCUGUUGUCUUUACGGAUCCCGGUAUUGUGCCUCCAAAUUGGAGGCCAAAAGUGGAUGAAGAAAGAGGAGAUACCGAUCCGUUGACUGCAACAGAAUUUCCAGCAGAGCUGGAGAACCGGGGAAUCCGAUUUUGCAGAAAGUGCAACCAGUUAAAACCGCCGCGGUGUCAUCAUUGCUCUGUUUGUGGGAGGUGUGUGCUGAAAAUGGAUCAUCAUUGUGUAUGGGUAGUCAAUUGUGUUGGGGCAUUGAACUACAAGUAUUUCCUUCUCUUCCUGUUCUAUACAUUCCUUGAAACAAGUCUUGUUACAUUAUCAUUGCUGCCACAUUUUAUUGUAUUCUUUACUGAUGAUGAUAUACCUGGGACUCCUGGAACACUUGCAACCACUUUCCUAGCCUUUGUAUUAAACUUGGCAUUUUCUUUGAGUGUUUUGGGAUUUCUGAUUAUGCACAUAUCAUUAGUGGCUGGAAAUACCACAACCAUUGAGGCUUAUGAGAAGAAGACUACUCCCAAAUGGCGUUAUGAUCUUGGACGGAAAAGGAACUUUGAACAGGUAUUUGGAACGGACAAGAGGUACUGGUUUAUCCCAGCUUACUCGGAAGAAGAUUUAAGGCGGAUACCUGCUCUACAGGGUCUUGAAUAUCCUUCGAAGCCUGACCUGGAUGCCCAAGAAUUAUGAGGAUCGAUUGAAAAGAUAAUUAUACUAGACAUUGAGCUCCAGACUAAUAUCAUUUUUCUGCUCAAAUUAUUACUAAUUUGGGACUGCAGAGCAAUCCAGCUGCUUUCACUCUGCAGAAUUACAGUUGAUGAAGAACCAAAGUGCUUGCUUUGUCCAGAAGUUUCCAGAUGAAAUAAGUAUGUUAGGAGAGCUGAUGAUCAGGUUUUACUAAUCAAUGUGGAAAUUUAGUUCUGUAAGAUAUGGCUGAUUUCCUUGUAAUGGUUCUUUAUAUGUUUGACUAGGAAUGUAGAUUAAUCUUAGUAUCUCACUUAAAUGUAAUAGCGUUGUAUUUUAAUGAUUUUUUUUUUUUAAUGCAUUUUUCUUUUCCGGUGUUUUGUGAAA